CCCUCGGCCACAAGAGGGCCCGCGUUGUCGCUGGCGGAGAAGGGAGGCCUUUCUCUUUCAUUCUUCCUUCUCGCCAGGAUGUGCAAUUGAGCUUCCUGGGUUUUUGCAGCUCGCAGCUGCUUCCCCCCCCCCCCAGCUCCCUGCAGGGGGGGGCCAGGAUCCCUCCCGAAUCGGCCAUCAUCACCAUUCCCGGCCAUUCCCAGGCUCUGGCUAACUGCAGGAUAGCUGCCUCUCUUGAAGAGAGGAGAAGACGUUGGUGGACUCCUGGGCAACGGUGGCUCUGUGGGUCGACAUGCAGGAGAGCUAUGAAACCGUGAUCUCGCUGGAGAGAGACUCUUCAACAUACUACUUUGUUCUUGGAUUAGAUCUAAACCUUCCAGCUUGGACCUCCCAAGCAAGAUUAAGGGGGAAAUUAUUGUCUUGCUCGAGCCUGCCUCAGAAGGUCUUUCGGAAGGAAAGAUUUCUGCAUACACAGUCCCCAGUGCGGAAGAAAUUGCCAUCAGUUGGCCCCGCAUCACAGCCUUCACGGAGACCAGAGGGCGGCGAGGCCUGGCUCCUGGGCUAGAAAUGGAGCCAGAGCAAGGGCAGCUGGCACCCGUGCAGGGCCAAGCAGCUGCUGCCGCCGCCACAGCCGGCUCCAGCGAAGAAGGAAUCCUGCCAGACUUCCGGAGGCAGCUGGGGGUGAUCCUGCAGACUGUGGGCAAAGCUCAGGUCGAGAAGAUGCUGAGAGAGCUGGUGAAGGAACAGGAGCAGCAGGGCAGAGUCAGGCGGCGGAAGAGAGUGGCCAGAAGCCCCCGGCAUGCAGCAGGUGACAGCAGGCAGAACAAUUUGGAGGGCCCGCGGGAGCUUCAUGCUGGACUGUUUGAAGAAUCUGCUGUUCUGGCCAGAAAGCCACCAGAGAGUGAGCUGCAAAUGCCCCUUUUAUAUCCGGGGCAGCUGGCAGGGCAAAAGCGACCCAUUUCAGGAAAGGCUGGUCCUGGAGAUGCCAAAGAGUAUAAGAACAGCCUUUCCCACCAGCAGAGCUCUUUGGGGAUGAGGUGGGGCGAAGACUCUGAGCCACGGGAGAGCAUCGGCCACGAACUCUUCAGCAACCUGAGUCGAGACACCAUUGACGGCGUAAGAGUUUGGCCAUUUGGUGAAAGAGCCCAGUUCUUGUCUGGGUGGCAGAAGCCACGCUAUCCCCAGAGACGCCGGCGCACACCUGCAGGAGAGAAACCCCACCGCUGUGGCCCGUGCAGGAGAUCCUCUAUAGCUCUACCUGAUUCGCCGCUAAAUUCUGCUCUGAAUCUUCCACCAGACCCCGCCUCAACGUCUUCCAUGGUCUUAUCACUAAACUCCACGGAACUGCCGGCCCAGCCCUCACUCCUCAACUCUGCCGUGACCCUGCCUCGAAAACCCCACGCCUGUGAGGAGUGCGGGAAACGAUUCCGAAUCCUCGCCAACUUGGAACGGCAUCAGCAGCGCCACGCGGCGGAGAAGCCUCACCAGUGCCAUGACUGUGGGCGGCGCUUCCGCUGGGGCUGCCACCUAGAACGGCACCGGCGCUCACAGCGCUGCGUGGAGUGUGGUGGGGGUCUGGCGACACCUCCUCCGCCCCCGUCCCCACCCCCAGAACCUGACCGGCCCUACUCCUGCGGGGAAUGCGGGAGGCGUUUCACGCAGCGCUCGGCACUCAGCAAGCACCGGCGGCUGCAUUCUGGGGAGCGCCCCUACGGCUGUGGAGAGUGCGGGAAGCGUUUCCUGCAGCGCUCCGAUCUCACCAUCCACGUGCGCUCCCAUUCUGGGGAGCAGCCCUACGUGUGCACAGAGUGCGGCCGCCGCUUCAGCGUCAGCUCCAACCUCAGCAAGCAUCGGCGCAUGCAUCGCGGCGAGCGUCCCCACGCCUGCUCCGUGUGCGCCAAGCGCUUCCUGCAGCGUUCGGAGCUCCUCAUCCACCAGCGGGCUCACACUGGGGAGCGCCCCUAUCCCUGCACAGCCUGUGGAAAGCGCUUUGCUCGCCGAGCUCAUCUCAAACGCCACCAGCGCACCCAUGGUGGGGUGCCUGCCACUACCACUGCCUCUCGACACCAGAGUGCCCGAUUGCUCACCACCUCUGCCACAGACACCGUGUCCCUUCUCGAACAUCAGCAGCACGAACGCGAGGGGGUGCCCGAUGCCCUCGAAUCACGGCCCCAUACCAGCACACCUCCCGCAGCCGGGCUGACAGUCUUCUCCACAGCCCGAGGCGCUGCAGGCACUGCCUCGCUGGGCUUGCCCUGGGCUGUAUCCUCCUCUGCCCGCCUCCCUUUCUGCUCCAGCCCUCUCUGAUUCCCUGCAUCCCUGCUCUCCACCAGGCUGGCACAGCCAGCGGGCACCCCUGGCAGAGCCUUGGUUUCAUGGACAGGGUCUCGCCCUGCGUAGAUGGCAGCAGGGGGCUCUGAUAGGGCGUGGGAGCAGAUGACCUUUUAGAGCCCAAGUGUUGUUUGCUGGGUACUCUGGCACUUCGUCUCUUCAUGUGGCCUCCUGUCAGCCUCGCUCUGAGCUUCUGGCAAACAGACAAUUUACAGGUCGUAGUCAGGUGGCUGCAGUCCCUGCUUGGGAUGUGAGCAAUAUUCCUUGGAGUUGUGAUUGCGCUCUUGAACGCCAGUCAGCACGAUCAAGCUGGACACAUUAUUAAGCCUUGGGGUGUGGGGUCAGCUCAUCUGCUUUUCUGCUGGGAAGGGGAAGGGGGAAGGAAGCACUCCGGAUUUACUGCAGCUAAGAGGUGUGAGUAAACUUCACCGUUUGUGCACCACAGUGUGAUCACAAGGCACACAUUUCCGAGACACGCACACACUAAGAUCCUCACCAGCCACCGCACCACUGCCUACUUUUGGCUCACUUCUCUUCCCUGUUCCACAAAUAUGGUGCUCCCUGUCCUUCUCCCCCUGCCCCAGAAUUAUUCUUGCCGAGGUCUCUCAGCCUAUCGCCUCCAUUUUGCGGAAGAGAACUUGCCCCUGGCUUCACUGAGAUGCUGAGCACCCUUUUGGGUGGAUAAAAAUGGCACAUUGGCCCUGAGACCCUCCCGCUAGCUAGUGAAGAAGAAAAGUUGGUUUUUUAUGCCCCACUGCUCUCUACCUUUGAGGAAUCUCAAAGCAGCUUACAAUCCUCCUCACAACAGGCGGGUGGGGCUGAGAGAGUUCAGAGAGAACUGUGACUGGCCCAGGGUCACCCAGCAGGAUGCAUGCGGAGGAGCAGGGAAUUGAACGCGGUUCUCCAAAUUAGAGUCCGCUGUUCUUAACCACCACACCAUACUUAGUGCAGAAUUUGGGGGAGGAGGUGUCUUUUGGCAGUCCAAUAGGGUUUAGGCAUCUGUCAACAGACAAAUUGACUCUGAGACCCAGGCGCUGGGAGGGACAGCCCCAAGGGGAAGGAAGGAAGGAAACUCGCUGAACUUUUCAGAAAAGUUCCGCUGCAGGGAAGGACCCGUGGGUUGGUGCAGGAUUUGAACUUGGCUGCUGCUUGCUGAAUUUGGGAUGAUGGCUAGUGCCUUUGAGAGGAAUCACAGUGCUUUUCUUCACCCAGCUGCCGAAGGAAACAGUUUAGCAGAGGAGGAAAAGCAAGAAGGAAACUGUGGACUCAAUCCGCAUGGGCGGAAGCGGGACUGAAUCCAGUUUCAGCAGCUGCUGAUGGUUUUACGUGAGUGUCAAGAGAGCAGAGACUAUACAACUGAGUAAGCACUGAAAGUCUUUGGUCUGCCCCAAACUCCAAAUCUUUGCCCAGCUGUAUGUUCACCGGAGCCGUGUUACUUCUCCAACUGCUUGUACAUUCCUGUUACCUUUUGGACUGGUGCUUUAUUGCUGGGGGAGGGGUCAAGGGGGGGGGGUUGGGCCACAAAGGUUUGUGGCUUACCCCGGACUCUAGAGUAGAGAGGAGUAAUAAUAUCUGGUUUAGGACUAAAUAUAGUAGAACUUUGUUUUAUCAAA